ACUUGAUCAAAAACGUGUGGAAGGUGUAGCCACGGCCUUUCAGGAGCACGUGUUUGGAAGACAGCAACUGCAGGCGCCGUCGGAAUUCGUUAGCUUGGGGUCAGAGGAAUAUACAACAAUAUCCAAGAUCAAGCAGCUGGAUCCUCACGUGUGUUGUGUGAAAAUAACCUUGCGGCGAUACUAGAAUCGCGCUGCGGACACAAAUCGUGGAUCACCCCUCCAACUAAUCAGACGGUUCCCCCGAAUUAAGCUCGGGAUGGCGGAUUACUUGAUUAGCGGGGGUACCAGCUACAUCCCCGAAGAUGGACUGUCUGCACAGCAGCUCUUCGGCAGCGGAGACGGACUAACCUACAAUGAUUUUCUCAUUCUACCAGGAUACAUUGACUUCACAGCUGACCAGGUGGACCUGACCUCUGCCCUUACAAAGAAGAUCACUCUGAAGACACCUCUGGUGUCGUCUCCCAUGGACACAGUGACAGAGUCUGACAUGGCUAUUGCUAUGGCGCUCACAGGUGGAAUCGGGUUUCUUCAUCACAACUGCACUCCAGAAUUCCAGGCCAAUGAGGUCCGCAAAGUUAAGAAGUAUGAACAAGGCUUCAUCACAGAUCCAGUGGUGAUGAGUCCCAGGGAGCGAGUUCGGGAUGUUUUCCAAGCUAAAUCUCAGCAUGGAUUCUGUGGCAUUCCGAUUACCGACAGUGGCAAGAUGGGAGGAAAGUUAGUAGGUAUCAUUUCCUCCCGAGACAUCGACUUCCUGAAGGGUGAAGAGCAUGACCUGCCCUUGUCAGAGGUGAUGACAAAUAGAGAGGACCUUGUGGUGGCUCCAGCAGGGGUCACCCUUAAAGAAGCUAAUGAAAUUCUGCAGCGCAGUAAGAAAGGUAAGCUGCCCAUUGUGAACGACAACAAUGAGCUGGUGGCCAUCAUCGCCCGCACAGAUCUCAAGAAGAACAGAGAUUUCCCUCUCGCCUCAAAGGACAGCAGGAAGCAGUUGCUGUGUGGUGCAGCCAUUGGGACCCAUGAGGAUGACAAGUACCGUCUAGAUCUUCUUGUGCAGGCUGGAGUCGAUGUGGUAGUACUGGAUUCCUCGCAGGGAAACUCCAUCUUCCAGAUCAACAUGAUAAAGUACAUCAAAGAGAAGUACCCAGAAUUGCAGGUGAUUGGAGGAAACGUUGUGACUGCUGCUCAGGCUAAGAACUUGAUUGAUGCUGGAGCUGAUGCCCUCAGGGUGGGAAUGGGAAGUGGUUCAAUCUGCAUUACUCAAGAAGCGCCACCUUCUGUCCCACCUGAUCUAAAGUCUCACAGUCCAAAAUGUCCCACUGUCGUAACGGGAUUCUCCAUACUAGCAUGCGGAAGACCCCAGGCCACAGCUGUGUACAAGGUAUCGGAGUACGCCAGACGCUUUGGAGUACCCGUCAUUGCAGAUGGAGGAAUUCAGACUGUCGGGCACAUCGCCAAAGCACUGUCACUUGGGGCAUCCACAGUGAUGAUGGGGUCACUGCUGGCUGCCACAACGGAAGCCCCAGGAGAGUACUUCUUCUCAGAUGGAAUUCGACUCAAAAAGUACCGUGGGAUGGGAUCAUUGGAUGCAAUGGAUAAGAACCUGGGAUCUCAGAACAGAUACUUCAGUGAAUCAGAUAAGAUCAAAGUGGCCCAGGGUGUGUCGGGGGCAGUUCAAGACAAGGGCUCCAUCCACAAGUUCAUCCCUUACCUGAUUGCUGGAAUCCAACAUUCGUGCCAAGAUAUUGGAGCAAAAAGUCUUACACUUGUCAGGGCAAUGAUGUACUCGGGAGACCUCAAGUUUGAGAAGAGGACGUUGUGUGCUCAGGUAGAAGGUGGUGUCCAUGGCCUCCACAGCUAUGAGAAGAGACUCUUUUAAACCGCACGCCAUCCCUGCCUGGCUCCAGUUCAGCAGAGCCUGAGCUUGUCUGUUACAGGCCUACUUGCAAAAGCUCAGGGAGAGCUGCCAGUCCUUCAUCUGUUACAUUUUCUGUACGCCAUCCAUCUUCAGCAUAAACGCCACUGUGACUGCCAGUGCUUUGCAGCUGGCUCAAGGGGUUUGGACAUUUUCCCUUUUCCUUGGCCACACCAUGACCUGCAUAUGUCUUGCUCUUUUACACUGUCACCAUCAAAACAAGGUCAUACAGCAGGGUGGGAUUCUGAGCUGCCCAGGAUAAAAGUCCUCCCGGAAUAGCAUUACUUGCCCAACUGGGGGGAUUUCAGUUUUAUGUAACAGAAUGUUUUUGGUAUGUUGAAUACAAUGCUCUAAAGAAUGUAAAGAAAGAACUUCAAGAAUAUUUUAUUAAAAAAAAAAAAGAAAUAAAUGUGUUUUGGAUGCACUGAACUUCUGCAUCCUUUAACA